AUGAGUUACCCCGGCUCUGUGGUCCUUAGUCCUUGGGCCACUUACAACGAUAGCAAAGUUCGUGAUAUCAACGAAACAGUUGGAUUCAAACAAACAAUCUAUUUCGCAAAUGAUUUGGUGGAAUACGAAAUUAUAAUGAAACUAAUCAAUGAAGUGAUAAGAUUCCCCAUUCGUUUUAUUCUAGUUUUGGAAAAUACUGUGACGUCCAAUCAAGAGCUGUAUGAUUUUAUAGAAGUGACGUCGAAGAACGACCAGGCAGACUUGAUUGUAGUCAGUGAAAUGAAUACUGGAGAAGUAAAAUUGUCAACGUUUUUUCCAUACAGUGAAGGUUUAUGUGGCAAUUAUACACCAGUGUUUAUGAAGUACGGUCAAAAUAUGUUUCCUAAGAAAUUCAGCAAUUUUUAUCAAUGUCCUAUCAGAACAGCCCUUCUAGAAUAUUUUCCUUACGUUACUGUACAGGCAGAAGAAGGGAGGAUCACAUCAGUUGGCGGUUACGAUGGGAAAAUACUUAUGAUAAUACUACACAAAUUGAAUGCUUCAUUAGAUGUAACAUCUGCUUACAAUAAUAGCAUUUUUGGGACAUAUGUUAAUGGAACGGCAACUGGUUCCAUUGGAGAUUUGGCUACUGAAAAAGCUGAUAUACUUAUUCCAGCUGACAUUCUUACAGAGAAAAGAUAUACUGUGACUCUUCCGUCUCAUACUUACCAUACAGUGGACAUUCGUUGGGUGGGCCGAAGGCAGCGCGAAGUCUAUGAUUGGCUAAAGUUUAUUAUUCCUGAUCAAACAAAUUUUACUUAUCUACAUGGUCUGGUGUAUAUUUCUUUUCUGAUUUCCGCUAGUUUGGUGAUAAAAUGUAAACCGCAUUUGACCAGUGCAACUAACCGCGUUCUGUACCAAUCGUUUAUCAUAUUAUUGGGUCAGUCAGUGAAAUUUGUCACGAGGUCGUUUCUCCUCAAUACUCUUUUCGUGUUAUGGAUUUGGUUCUGCUUCUUCUUCAGAAUCGACUAUCAAGCAGAUCUUGUGAACGCGUUACAAACCCCAGAUUUAGAACCACCAUUUGAAUCUGUUGAAGAUGCAGUCAAAAAAGUGGAUGGGUACGGCGGAGUAGAAGUGGUGGUCGAAUAUUACAAAGACACUCCAUUGGAACACAACUACAAAGUGAUACCAAUGAAUGAAUUGAGAACAUAUAUUCGUCGUAUCUUUGAUGGAGAGAAUUUUCUUCUAGCAACGGAUAUAGCUUUGGUUAAUCUUCUGGCGCCUUACGUUCAAAUACUUGAAAAACGUAUCAGUGCUACUGGUGCUAGUUUCUACAUGCGGCCUGGAUGGCCAGCUGCGAAGGACGUGGAUGAUGUAAUAUUCAGUCUAGUUGAAGCUGGUGUUAUAGAUAAAAUUUUGAGCGAUGGAAAUAAUCACAAAUGGAUUUUAGACAAGAAAGACAUUAAUGAUGAAGUGAUACCUAUUGGUAUAGCUUUCUCGAAGAUAAACACGCUAUUUUAUGGUUUAAUUUUCAUGUGGGUCGUUUGUGGUAUAAUAUUGCUUAUAGAAAUGAAACAUUUCAAAAAUAAUAUUAAUAAAGUACAAAGGAAAUAG